AUGAGUACUCAUGAAAUUGGACUUACUGAUAGUGAAGAUGAAGAYAGAGAGAAAGAUGAAGCCGAAUCAGYCAAAGUUACGAGGAGUGGAAGACACAAACAGAUAAACAGUUGUAUCGUUUUAAAAUUUACUGAUUUGUUGACUUAUCUAGGACUUACUUCAUGCCAACUACGUCGUCAAAAAGCUAUGGGACUGCUAGGUGCUUUUAGACCUCGCUGUGACGCUAAAGGAAACUACGAGUUCAUUCAGCAACAUGAAAGCUACUACUGGUGUGUAGAUAGUAAAGGACAAGAAUUGCCUGGCACCAGGACACGAUUCACCAAGCCCAAAAAUUGUCCUAAUGUUGGGCUUAGCUCACUGACUCUAUGCCAGUUACAAAGCCAAAAAGUUAAAGGUGGUCCUUCAUUGAUUGGUCGUUACGUUCCCCAGUGCGAAAACAAUGGUUCAUUCAGUCAAACCCAGUGUCAUCCCUCCACCGGCUACUGCUGGUGUGUGAAUACUACGACUGGUGUGAUCGUACCUAACACCCAGACACGUGGAAAACCAGACUGUAACAGAGCCUGCAGUCCAUACAUGUGCCUAAUGUACUGUAAGUACGGUUUUGUCAAAGAUCAGUUUGGUUGUGACAUCUGCAAGUGUGCAUCAGCUCUAAAGAAGCCAGGCUUUUGUCCAGCGGUUAAUCCCCAACAAGUUGGCGCAUGCGUAGAGAACUGUACCCAAGACAAUGACUGUCCUGGAAGCAGCAAAUGUUGUUCUAAUGGAUGUGGUCACGUGUGUACAUCAGCUGUGUUAAAAGACAAGCCGGGUGUCUGUCCCCACCGCCCUAUUGAUCACGUGGGAAUCUGUAUGAACAAAUGCGGUCAUGACAAGGAUUGCCUUGGUGAUCAGAAGUGCUGCAGCAAUGGCUGUGGCAGAGAAUGUUCUGCACCUGUCCGAAAAGCAUGUCCUUAUGGUCAACCCCUCGUCAUGUGCUUUGUCAACCCAUGCCAACAUGCCUCUUGCCCGUCCAACCCUAAGGCACGGUGUAGACCAAACUACUGUGGAGGCUGCAAGGCCGAGUUCUUUGACAAGGACAAUAAGAUGGUCUCGUGCACAUCGGGUAAGCAAAACCUUUAUCUUCUUUCCUUUUCCCAGCUACUAACCUUUCUCCUUUCAAAAAAUGCGCACAAUCUUGGUUAUUGCAUUAUUUUACCAUUGCCGUUCUUAGGUAACACUGAAUGUGAACAAAAGGCCUUAGAGGCAACUCAAGGCGGUCUACUGGGUGCCUAUAGACCAACAUGUAACCCAGAUGGAACAUACACCCUCGUCCAGUGCCAUGCCUCUACCGGUUACUGCUGGUGCUCGUCACCAGAUGGCAAAGAAUGGCCUGGGACUAGGACUCGUGGUCAACCCAAGUGUCUUAGAUCCAGAUCCGAGCUGGAAAUUACCAAAGUUCACGUCAAACUUACAUUCAAAAACGACUUCCAGUUGGUCAACAAUUCUCUCAAAGACUUCAUAACGGUGCUGAAGAGCCAGCUUUCUCAACGACUUGGUAUCAAAGAAGAACAAAUAGCUGAACUUUCCGUCACAAGUGGAAGUAUUAUUGUAGAGUUUUAUGUUGUUCCUGCUAGUGGAGGAAAGGACAUCAGUGACUUUGCACAACACAUUUAUGAUGAGGUUCGUCGAGAAGACAUCGUGGUGAGUUAUGCUGGUACCAAAUUUGUUGCCAGCCCCCAGCAAGUCCAGGCAACGUCCAACUAUCUGACAGAAGAUAAACCCUCGAAAAGCAGUGGUCUUGGUGCAACACCUAUUGCACUGAUUUGUAUUUUUAUUGCCUUGACUGUCAUUGUCAUCGCUAUUGUUGUCGUAAUUCAAUAAAGAAAAGGAGACGUCGAUACCGAUCAAACACAGACGAYCAGACUGCUGGCUUUCUCUACAAAGAUGGAAGAGCUGAAAGCUACAGCACAACAGCUACCAUUCCAACAUCAUAAAGGCCACAAAAACCUUCAUAACUUACAUGGACUGACGCGCWGAAUAUACACARAUGAUUAGCUAAWWWUUUUAUAUUAUWGAYAGGAAUUUGUAUGAUUAGAAGUUCAAGUUCAAGGGWAUGAAUUYUCAAGCCACUAUAUGUGAAAAUAAUUACUGGUAUAUCUAAUUUUAGUUAUUGCUUUUAUGACAAUCCAUAAGAAUUUUGGUCAAAAAAGAUCAUAAYAUCRUUUGCACACAUGRGGGUUCUGGGAAAGUCAAGUUAAAAARAAUCCAAAUUCAUCAUAAUUGWAGCUUGGAAUGAAGUAAGUUCACAUUCAAAAAUUAGUUUUUGUUCGCAUUAAGUUUGCUACUUUCAUUCCUAAGGGCUGUAAUUUCUUUCUUGUUAUUUCAUUUUCCCCUUUUCCAGAAUCUUGCCACUGCAUCUAGCUUGUAAAUCAUUUAUAUUAUUUGCCUUAUCAAUGGUUACUAGAUAUGAGUGAAGAACACUUGCUUUAUCUGUCAAUAGCUAUGACAAUACCAUGGACUCCAAGAAAAAUUUUCUAUUGAUUUUUAUAGAUUUUUUGAUCAUUUAUGACACCAGUGACAACUUGUUUCUUUUAUUUACAACGUACAUGAUGUAGUAUUUCAAGAGACAAAAAAGGACUCAAAAGAUGAAUUCGAAACUACAAAUGAGUCUUUUCAAAUUCUAGAAAAUUAAUAAAGUUGUGCAGCUGCUUGCAAAA